AUGCCGUCGGUCGUCAAAUCCGCCUUCGCCGGCGAUGUGACGGCUGUUCAUUUUGUUCGCUUGGGAACAGAGCACGUCUUCCUACUGGCAGGCUGCGGACCUCGCCUGCUCAUUUACAGCCUACCCAAUGGCGACCUUCAUGCCGUACAUCACAUAAUUGACGGCGCCCGCAUCCACGGGAUCAUCACGACGGCAGUACCCGCCGACGAAAGCCCCAGCCUAUCCCCAUGCUGCCCAUCAACCACCACGUGGUUGGGUCACUGGCCGCAACACCACCGGCGCAUCCGUGUGGCCAAACAGCGGCAGCAGGAACAGGAGCAGCGGCAGGAGCAGGUGUGGCACCCUCCCCCCAGCACGACCCAGCAUGCCCUAAUUCACACGUCUCACCCCCAGUCCCCGGAGCAGCUGCUGCUGGUGCUCGCCCUCGCCGACAACAGCGCCGAGAUCUGGAGCCUCCAAUCGCCAGCGACGGGAAUCGAACCCGGAUGCGAAUCCAGAUCCGGGUCCAGAUCCGUGGUCUUGGGUCCCCUUCUGUCAGGUCGCUGGCUGGUCGCCGCGCGGUGCAGCCAGCGGCUUCAGCUGUUUGGGGCGGCAGUGCUGUCCGUACGGCCCUCCCUGGAGGCGGAGGAGGGAAUGAGGCUGUGGAUAGCGGCGGUCAGCUGCUCUGAGGACUGUACGGCACGGAUGUGGCACGUGGUGACGGGGAAAUGUCUGGGGGUGCUGCAGGGUCAUCGUGGCCGGGGGAUAUGGCGGUGUGCGCUACUGCCCGGGGCCGGCAGCGCUACUGCUGCUGGCAGUAGCGGUGGUGGUGGCAGUAGCGGCGGUGGUGGUAUUAUUGUGAGCGCAGAUGAAGGGAGGUGGAGGGGGGGCGUGUGUAUUGGCGGCGUGUUGGCCACGGCCGGAGCGGACAGCUCCAUUCGGUUAUGGUCGUUGAGGGAGUGGUUGCCGACGUCAGCAGUGGCAACGGUGCAACCGCCGUCGUUGACCGCCGAGGCGUACGGCACAGUUUGCGGUGGACUGUUGGAGCGGUUUGUGAGGUUUAAGCCUCCGGCAGCAGCUUCCCCGUCUUCAACGUCAUCGUUUGCCCCCCCCUCACCUGACGGCCCCCGCUCUCUCGCGCUGACGGCGGGGGGUCAGAUGCUGCUGGCGGGAACCUAUGGGGGGGCGCUGUACGGCACGACGGAGGACCUCCUACCGGUCUUUCGCAACCGCAGCGGUAGCAGCUACAUCUGCCGCCGCCAGCGCCGCAAUCACGAUGUCCAGAAGAAUGGUGAGGAAGAGGGGCCUUCGGAGCUUCAGCAGCCGCAACAAAAGCAACAGCGUGAGGAGGAUUCCAGCGGGUGGGUACGACUGUACGACAACCCGUCGCAGGGUCCAUGCACUUGCUUGGAGGUGUGUACGAUAGGAGGCGACGGCGGUGGCGGAGGGGGAUGGUGUGAUGAUGAUGGUGGAGGGGGAACAGCAGCGUCUGGCAGCGGCGGUGGCGGCGCCGUGACGUGUCGUACAGGUUUCUCUGACCUUUUAGCGGUUGGUCACAACAGCGGCCUCGUCUCCGUGGUGCAUAUACACGUACGGCAGCAGCUGCAGCGGCGCAAUUCCCAGAAGUACCAGCACAACCACCGCCACCAGUACAUUCAGUUGGCGGUUGGCGCCGUCGGCAAUGACGCUGGCACUGCUGCUGACGUCACUGCUGCUUCUGCUGCUGCCAGUGGUGACGUCAGCGGGUUCCGUCACGCCGUCCAAGACCCGUCUCCGAGCGGUGAGGACGGCGGCGACGCCGGCGGCGGCGGCGACGCCGGUGGUUUUAUGAGCGACGUGUUGUGCAGCUGGCGCGUGACGGAUGCGGGCGCCGUCAUCGCGGUCUGGUGGGUGGCGGCGCUGGGCCGCGGCGUGCUGCUGACGGCGGCCGGCGACAGCCCCGUCAUUAGACUUUGGCGCCUGCCGCCGCCGCCGCCAGCUGCCGCCGCCACGUCCUCCUCUUUCGGCGGAGGUAAUGUUUCGUCGGAACGUCGUUCUGCCGCCGCGGUGGCGGCGACAGCGGUGGCGGACGUGAUGGAGUCAUCGGCUGCGGGGAACGGCAUGGCGGCGGCACCGCCGACGCCGCCUCCGGCGGCGGCGACGCUGACCGCUGUACUGCACUCGCCCCUGCGGGGCCGCCUGCUUGUGGCGGACGUGUGUCCGACUCACAGAGUGUUUCUCGCCGGCGACCAGUACGGCAACCUGCUGGCGUUCUGGGCGCCGCCAGACGCUUGGGCGGCGCUGACGGCGCCGGCGAGCGCGGCGGCCUGCGCCGCCACCGCCGACGCCGAGCCGCUGCAGCAACUCGACCUGCCGUGCGUGGCAGUGUUCCGGGCAGCACUGGGCCCCGGCGCCGUCAGCUGGGUACGGCUAGUCCAGCCUGCCGUAUUUCUUGCGGCGGGGCGGGACGGCGUGCUGGCCAGGUUUCGAUGCAGCGACUAUGCGGCAGGGGCGGCGGCGGCGGCGGCGGGAAGCAUCGCCGCCAAAGACAGCGACGAGGGCGAGUUGGGAACUGGGGAAAAGCGCAGUGGCUUUGGCGGCGGCGGGGUCGGCGGCAUCAAAUUUCCAGGCCAAUGUCCUGUACGACUGGAGUGUCUGGGUACGCAAAGCCGUACCGGCGUCGCCUCCAUUGAGCUAGCGAUCGAAUGGCCGCCGCCGCCGCCGCGCCCGCCUCAGUCCCCGGCACUUUCAGGCAAGGGCCUUGGCGACCGCGGUGCAGAUGGCGGCGGCGACGGCGGCGGCGGCUUGUUGGUGGCCGGGUUCCAUGGGUCCGAUUUCCUCGCUGUGGCGCUGGCCCCGGACGCCGCGGAGCUCAUGCGGGUCCCAGCAGCUGGCGGCUGGCGUCGUACACAUGCGCUGCACGUGGGCGCCGCCGAUGGCGGCGGCGACCUGCAGCGCGCGGUGGUAGGUGCAGAGGAUAAAAGUGGCCGGGUUGGGCGCGAGAAGGAGAAGCACGAGGAGGUGGGAGAAGGAGAUGAGGCGGGUUUCACGCCGUCUGCUCAAGAGGGCUCUUGUGGCGGUGUUCUCGGAGAUGGAGGAGCAGCAGGCGGGGGAGUUAGUGGGGAGUUGCGCUGGGCGGCACUGCCCCACCUUCUCCAUGUGGGCCAUCACGGCAGAGAGAUUCUUUGCCUGAAUGUACUGCCGGCCUGGCGGCACACACCGCCGCCGCUGUCGGAACGGCAAGCAGGAACUGUACGGCAGCACCCGUCGUUGCUGCCGUCGCCGCCGCUGCCGCCCCCGCCUCUAUGCGUGCUGACGGGCGCCGAAGACGGCGGCAUCCGUUGGGUCUCCGCGGUGCCGUGCACCGAUAGCGGCGGCGGCGGCGGCGGCGGCGGCGGCGGAGCCAUGUACGAGCUGUGCUUCCGUGACGGCGCGGUGGUCGGCGAGCACGCGGCGGGUACGGCCGUUCGGUGCCUGGCGGCGUGUGCGUUGGGCCCUCGGGAAGCCGCCCUGCUAGGUGUCACAGCCGACGGGCCCAGGGCAGCAUGUGCCGCCAGUGCCAUUGCUGCCGUACACCCACACCAACCGCUGACGGAAGUAGUGCCGUACCUUGUGCUGUCUGCGGGCGCGAAGGAGGUCCUCAUGGCAUGGCUGGUGUGUUUGCGGGUGUCGUACAAAGCGGCGGAAGCGGCGGCGGCGGAGGUUAAGAGAGAGGAGGGGGGUUGUACGGCCGUAUGUGCGGACGGCGAUAUGGAGGCAUGCCCGCAGCUGCCACCACCACAACAACAGCAGCAGCAGCAGCGUGAGGAGGGGGAGGCGGGGGAGGAGGCGGUCAAGCCGUUCUACGCGGCAGAAGAGCUGAGGGCGCUGCGGGCGGCGGCGGGCGGCCAGCCCCGGUCGUCUGCGGACAGCCGCGACAACUGGCGCCGUGUGGCCGCGCUGGCGGCGCAUCAACACCCCGUGCUGUGUAUGGCGCACACCGGGGCCAGACUGUACGGCAGCGGUGGUGGCGGUGCUGACGCUACUGCUGCUGGCAGUGUGCUGCAGCCAAUUACGGUUGGCGGUUAUUGGUUGGCGACUGGGGACACUGCGGGAGAUGUGGCCCUGUGGUGGAUACCCGGAGAGCUGCAUGGAGCCGCCGCCGCCGCCGCCGCCCCCGCCGCGUCGCCGCUGCCGCCGCCGCCGCCGCUGGCGGCGGCAGGGUUGAGGCAUGGAAGGAAGCCCGGCGGCGGCGGCGGUGCUACAGCCGGAUCUGAUGCGGCGUCGGCACCUCCGCCGCCACUGAACCCUGUUUUGAUGAUUCGCGGAGUCCACCAGUCGGGAGUGAACUCUCUGGAGUUAAUGGCGGACGACGCCGUCUGCACACCGGAAGGCCCCCCCGGCCCCCCCGCCCAUUACCCGGCAGCUACCCGCAGCUGCCCAGCUAUCCGACUCGUGCUCGUGACCGGGGGAGAUGACCAAGCUCUGGCAGUACUGCACUUGCAGGUGAACCGCGUAAUGAGCUCACCGGGUGCCGACGGCGGUGCUGGUGGUGGUAGUGGUGGUGGUGGUGGUGGUGGUGGUGCUGGUGACUGUGCUGGUGGUGGUGCUGGUGGUGGUGCUGGUGGUGGUGCUGGUGGUGGUGCUGGUGGUGAUGGCGGGAAACCGCAGGAGCAUGGCCUUAAGGUGACGGGGCAAGAGCAGCAGCAGCGGCAGCAGGAGGGGCACUGUUACCACCACCAGCACCACCACCAGCACCAGCACCACCAUCCAAGUCAGGUCCAGGUGCAGUGGCGCGGUGAGGUGGUGGGUGUGGCGCUGAGGCCGCUAGCACACGCGUCCGCACUGCGGGGGGUAUCCGCCGUCACUUCUCACUGCCCCGCCCAGCCGCCGCCGGUCGUUGCGAUCUCCAGUGUCGGGCUGGACCAGGUGGUGCGCUUGUGGAGCUUGCAGCUGCAGCAGUCGGGCUGUACGGCGGCGGCGGCGGCGGGGGGAUGCAUGGGAGUGACCAAGGCUCCCGGCGGCGGGCUGGACGAGGCUAGGGGGGGAUCUCCGACCAAUCUUCGACACGUGCUGGGCAUCACCGAGAUGUCGUCAUUGAAACACCGUGUUGUGGAGAUUGGGAUGUUGAGUACGGGGAGGCGUGUCGGGGCGGGGGCGGGGGCGGGGGCGGGGGAGGAGGAGGAGGAGGAGGAGUGCUGCGGUGUGUGUUUGGUCGGCGGGGUGGAGCCGCUGGUGCCGGUGCCGGUGGCGGCCGCCACGGUGGAGGUUCCGGAGCCCGCGUGUCUGAUGGCAGUCGCAGUGACGGCGGCGGAGAAGGAGGAGGAGGAGGAGGAGGCGGGGGCCCUAGACCCCGAUCGAGAGCGGUCGUGCACAUGUUCACCGUACGACGCAGUGUACGAAACGAUUAUACGCAGUAUCUUUACACCGCAAGAAAAACGAACUGGCCUCAAUCAGCUUGCAGUCAACACAUUAUUUUGUAAUAUUGCGCUCAGCGGUAAGGCUAACGUAUCAUCCAGCGUCGCAGCUUUAUUACUAAAGAAGAUCUAG